AUGCAGGCACCAAAAAAUAAAAGGAAUGAAGAUUCAAAAUCGAAAAAUAGCAAGAAAUUGAUCCGAAAUAGCAAUGACCGAGAAGAUACCUAUAAUGCUAGAGGAAAUGGACAGAGCUCUAGUUCUUGUAGCAUUGAAGAUUAUUCUAAUAGCUCUCGCAAAUCAAAUGAAGAAACUUCAGAGCCCCAAGGCUUAGCCACCAUUAACUCGAACGGAAAAAGAAGAGCCAGCAGAGGUUCUGCAACUGAUCCCCAAAACCUCUAUGCAAGGAGAAGAAGGGAAAGAAUCAAUGAGAGGCUGAGAAUCUUGCAAAAUCUUGUACCCAAUGGGACAAAGGUCGACAUUAGCACUAUGCUAGAAGAGGCUGUCCAUUAUGUCAAGUUCUUACAGCUGCAAAUCAAGUACUGUCAAUGGAAGAAGCUUGUAAGCACACAUCACGAGUUGAAAAUUUUAGCUGUUAUAUGCAUAACAUUGUUAAGCUCAGAUGAUUUAUGGAUGUUUGCUCCAAUUGCUCAUUACAAUGGCAUGGAUACUGAUCUUCAUCACAAGAUUUCUACUUAUCUAUGA